AGGCGCUAGGCUGAGGCUCAACGUACGCCCCGCCCUCUCAUCUGCCCACCCCCCUUGCCCAGAUCUGCGUCUAGGGAGUGACUACUAGCCCCUAGCAUCGCACCUAACCAACCCCCGUCUAACCAAGCCUCGAUCUACCUUAAUAACUGGUCCCUUAAGCUAAAAGUGUGGAAUUUCACAGGCUAGUAACAACAAGCUCGAGUACCACAUCCCGGAAUCCUUCGACUCGCAGCGUCCCGCGUUCACGUACUCGCACGCGGCGCACGGCUCCGUGUCCAUCUUCCAGCACCCGACGGGCAGCCGGCUGCCGCGCGCCGCGGCGGCGAAGCCCACCGUGCUAGGCGACCCGGAGGAGUACGCGCCCCUUUUGCGGCGUUGGGGCGCGCCCCGGCGGCUCGCCGAUUACCUGGUCUCGGACCUGCCGCAGCUGAGCCUGCACGUGGUCUCGUUCGCGGACGCGACCGUGGUCUCGCUGUCAUGGCCGCACACGCUGCUCGACGCCAUGGGGCGGCGCGCGCUCCUCGACGCGUGGAUCGCGGUCCUGGAGGGCCGCGAGGACGACGUCAAGCCCCUCGCCGGCGUGCGAGAGGACCCGCUCAAGGAUCUGGGCGCGAACCCCGAGGAGCCGUAUGUCCUGGCCCACCGCCGACUGUCCCCCCUCCAGGCCCUGGUUUUUGCUGUUUCGUAUAUUUGGACCACGCUGGUUUGGGCCCGCGGCGAGGAGACCCGUAUGGUUUGCGUGCCGGGCCCGCAUGUGCGCAGCUUGCACCGCGGCGCGAUGGAGUAUUUGGCUGCGCAGACGCAGACGCCGCCGGAUGAGGGGGGAGAGAAGGAGGGGCUGGUUAAUAAGCCGUUUGUGAGCGAGGGCGAUGUGCUGAGUAGUUGGAUCACAAGGCUGGCUAUGCUGCCGCUUAGGGGGACGGAUCAGACGGUUUCGAUUAUGAAUGCGUUUGGUAUGCGCUCGGUUCUGGCCAAGGAUCUGCUGCCCCCGACCCAUGCGUACGUGGGUAAUGCUGUGGCGGGCGUCUGGGCGUUCGUCUCGAUGCGGGAUCUGUUUUCCCGGCCCCUGGGUUACACGGCGGCGGCGGUGCGCCAGUCGAUUGCUGAGCAAGGCACACGCCAGCAAGUCGAAGCGCGAGCGGCGGUGGACCUGGCCGCGGGUAAGAGGGGGAAAGCGGCGAUGUACGGCGAUCCUAAGAUGGCGCCCGUUAUGGUGUCGAACUGGAGCAAGGCCAAGUUCUUCGAGACCGAUUUCUCGGCCGCGGUGAUACGGCCGGGACUCGACCCGGCGCGCCGCGCGAAUAAGGUCGGUAGACCGUCGUAUAUCCAGCCUAACGGCCUGGCGGACGGUAUCCCGACGAGGAACUCGUUCCCGAUUGUGGGCAAGGAUGCUGCUGGGAACUAUUGGCUAUCCGGGACGUUGAAGAAGGGCCUCUGGAGGAGGGUCCAGGAGGAGAUGGACACGGAGUAUACGUAUCUGGCUCACCAUUUUGUGGCUUCGCAGUACGAGUUUGUGGAUGCUAAAGGGGAGUGAUGGGUGGACGUUCUUCGCAUGGACUGGGGAUUUGAAUUUUCCUCUUUUGGGUAGGGGCAUGUUCUGAUUCGAUACCACUUUUUAUGUCCAUAUAUCGUGUGACAAAGAUGUUCCGCGACGGAAAUAAUGGUGUUUCUUCUAGGAAGCAAUAUACAAAUAACCCAACGAAUAGGAUAUCAACAAAUUCGAUUGUGCGUUUCUAAGUGUACAGAAAUUCGGUAUAAGGCCGUUAUCGUAAAUGAAAUUUGCUCUGCAUCGUGCUUUGGCAUGAAGAUGUAUCAAGCGGCACUGUUUCCAACUGCGUGAGCUGAUGUAACUAAAGACGUCGUCCCUAAACAAGAUAGUAC